GUUGAAGGCGAUGUACCAUGCAGGUAGAUAUAGCAACGGACGCUUCGUGACGAACAACCCAAACAAAGUCCAGACUGUCCCAGUCCGCGGUUAAAGUAGGUCACUUUAUUCAUAUUUAUAAUCUCCUACCUUCACCAAAAAUAUCGAUUAUUUAUUCAAAUUGAGAAACUAGUUAAGCACGUUUGUGUAUGCUCAUCAAACAGUUAUAAAAACUGCCUUUAAUUCGACCACGACAACUUUUCUGAACUUUUAAAUCAAUUAAGCGGAAUAAUAAUAAUUACAAUUACAGUGAGUGUCCUUAAUCAAAGAUGGCUGACAAGUGACACUUGCGUGCGGACUCGAAAUCGAGAUCUUCGCGGGAUAUGUUUCACGUUCGUGAAGUUUCUCCGUUUAUGACAUUACUGCAAUGCAAGCAGUUAUGUCGAUUGAGGAGGUAACUAACGUAAUACCUUCCACGAUCACCUGGCGUGAGCCGGUGGAAGUAAGCCAGGUGCGGGGAGUCGACGCCGGAACGUCCCGGGCUGCCGUGGAUUCACCACGGGGAAGGGAGUCACCUGCGCACAGUGGGCACCUCUCCGACGGAGAUACACCUGCCUUGGCCAAGUUAGCCUCGCGCACACGGUUUUACUCUGGUAGUUCGCAGGGCCAUGGCUACGGUGGGCUCGCGUCGAGUAGCUCCAGUCCAAAUUUGACAUUAAGAGACCACGACCAAGCCAACACCUUCACUGAGACCACACAGAUUAUUGGAAUACAGGCUAAGUUACAAGAGAAGCCAUUCAGUGGUGGAUGUGUGUCGGAGUCGGUAAUGAUGCCGUCCGUGACAGAUGGAGUUUCACCAGGAAGCCCACAGGUUUCCCGGCAAACUAUUCGGUCAAGAGCCAGACCAAGACGGCCAGAUGAGCCUGCUCCAUUCCUUAGUGUAGACAAUUUACCAGUUGACAAAGUUAUUGUUGAGGGCAAACCACAUUCAAAAUCCAGGCUGCCAUCCGAUUCCCCUCGCAAGCCAACAACUGCAGGCAAGAAACGUCCAGACCCCCUCCUAAAUGGGACAGGGCGCAAGACUCGCUCCCCUCCCCAGUCGGCUUUUACCUCACCUGUGCCAAGGUCACCGUCAAGAGGGCAGUCCAGAGGUACACCUAGUGCCACGUCUUACAACUACAAUUCCUUCUUUACGCACAAGAGUUCAGCAUUUCUGGCAGGCCCUCCUGACCUCUGGUCCAUGGGCAACAAAUAUUGGCCCCAACAUGGCACCCCUAAUGAUCGGCAGAAACUGGCCCCGCUCCCUCAGAGUGUAGCAGCAGAGGCGUUGGCCCCAAAGCCAAAUGUUCAUGUCUCCCAGCCUUUCAAGCAUGACGUGAAUGCGGAAGUGCCAUUAGAUCGUCCCGUGUCACCCAGCCAAGACCUGAAGGAACGUAGCAUUUAUGCUCUGAGGGAGGUCACUAGAGGGCUGAACCGCCAACAGUCCCCUCCACAGAGCAGGAGAGGGGGGAGAUUACUGAAGGGGAGGUUGAAGCCACUGCAUACAUUUAAGCUUUCUGGGCCUACCAUUGAUAACUGCAAAGGCAUCCAACCAGAGGAAAUGGAUCAUGGACCCAGUGAAAGUCGGAUGUUGCAACGAAAGCGAGAACUUCUUAGCAUGCUUCCCGCUGAUAUAUUCCAGCCGCGACCGAUGACAGGAGAGUCUGUCCAUCGCACGUCCAUUGUCUCCCAGCUAUCAACAGACAGAGACAAGCAUCUUGAAGAUGAAUUGGGAAAAACAGAGGAAGGAACUGAAGACGAAACAUGCAAACUUAGUCAGGUCCUGUCUGGUGUCCGAAAGCCACCAAACAGCUUAGCCAGUCUCUCGGGUGACAACGUAUCCUACCUCCAAGAUGCCCUGACCAGCCACAUGGAAAUCCCAGGGGUACCCUACAACAGGGAUGCAGCCAGUGAACACCAGCAUGAGGACAAGGAGAGCCAAGAUGACCAGAGCAGAGUCCCUCAGAUCUCUGAGGCCUACGCAACCAGCUAUGAGAGCGGCAGCAAGAUAGAUCUGAGUUCCCAGCAGGUGGAAGAGGAGGUGACUGCUUCUGGGGAUGCCCCUGCAAGUGAGGACAAGAUUCCAGAGGAGAAAGUAGAAGAUGAGAAGGAAUCAGCUGUCAAGGAUGAGGUGAAAGCCACCAUGAGCGAUUACAUGAAUGAAGGAGGGGCAGCCAGGGUGCUCAGCGACAUGGUCCAGAGGGUCACCAACAGCGCCAAGAAGAGCACAGUGGAGGAAGACAACGCCUUGGACCAGAAAUAUGACACCUAUUUUGCUGAUACGGAGACAAGGUCUGACACUCCGACCAGCCGUACAGGCAGCAGCACACUGAUGAGGCGGCAGAGCUCAAUGGAUGACAUUGAGAUAGAUCAGGCCAGCUUUGAGCUGACCGACAUGGUGUCCGAGGAUGGCUUGGGAGAGGAUGGAAGUGUGAAACAAGCUGGCAAAGAAUCAAAUGUCGAACGUGGAUCAUUAAGCUCUUUAAGCAAAGCCAAAGAACCAAAUGAAGAAAACAGUGUAACCAAUGAUGACACCGAGUGCCAAAGCAGAGAAUAUGAAACCCCAACAAAUGAAGACUUUCAAAAAGACAUUUCUGUACAUACAAAUACAUCUGACAAUUCUUCCACAGACAAAUCAAAAGAAGAAAGUGUAAAAGAUCAUGGCAUAACAGCAAGUACGUUGUACAAGUACAUUGACAGCGGGCUUGUAGAAAAUGUACAAAAUUCAACCAGCAAUUCCAGCAUAAACGUAGAUCAAGACCUCACAUCUGCUGGAGACAGUGCAGCAGAACUGACUUUAGGGGAGACAAAUGAUGAUGGUCAAACUGUAAAUGUUAAUGACAAGGGCCUUGAACGGAAUAAAGAAGGAAAACCAACAGACACAGAAAUUGGAAGCUCGUCUGCAAAAGAUGAUGUAAAACCCCUGACAAUAGAAUCUGGCAUUCAACCCCAAGAAAAUGGCAAUGUGGACCCUCUUGCCGAACAACCAAGAGAGGUUGGUGAGAACACUUCCAAUAUUCCUGUUGCCAAGGGGGAUUUUGUGGCUGCUGAUCCAGAGGCUAGUGUAGAUACUAUCACCACUAUUCAGCUUGAUGGAAAUGGACAAAAAUCAGAAAUCACAUCCAAAGAAGGACCAGACUUGACUGUUGAGCAAAACCAAGACACAACUGGCCAUUCAGCAGAUACAGUCCUCAAUGACAUUGAUCAGGAAUCAGAGGAAGUUAAUAUAGCAGAAGUGGUUGAUAUUGCUGAUGAGAGCAAGGUGAUUACACAUUCUCAUGAAUGCAAUGGAGACAGAACUGAAUUGCCUGAUGGAGAAUGUGAAAAACCAGCAGAAGAGGACAGCAGUAAAGAGGAAACACAAGGUAAUGAGAGCAGCGGAUGUCAUGGUAACAGUUUCAAGAAAGAUGAUGAAGAUCAGGAUGGUAAUCAGGGUGGGCAAGGUGGUGGUGGUGCCCGUAGUGGUGGUGGCAGUGGUUCGGCUUGUGGGGGUGGAGAUGGUUCAGACACCAAUGGCGUGAGUGAUACUGGGAAUUCGCAAGGUAACCCACCAUCUGGAACGGGUACAGGGGGAACACAACACAGACUGAAUGAAAUAACGCAUACGCAUAACCCUGCUGAAGAAGACUGUCUAACUAUGCAAAGAGAUUCUUACUUGUACUUGGAGUCAGACAGUUUCCAGCCAAGACAGGAUGAUACCGUUAGUGACGAUUAUGAGGAUGACAUUCCUGAAGUAGAUGAGCCAGUCCUCUUCUGUGGAAUAUGUGGCCUCGAUGAGGACAUGUGUCUGUGCCCUUGCAGCACUUUCAAUGAAAAACUUGGAUCAUUAGGACACAAACAGACAAUCAAAUCUACUUCAGCUGUCAUAGACAAUAACCCAUUAACCUCAGGUGCUCCUCAAAGAAGUUACAGUGCUGCGGAAGGCCUACAAAGCACAAGAGGAAUUAAAGAAAUAAUGUACUCGUGGAGUCAGGAAGCAGAGAUUGAAGAGAAGUCAAUCCAAAGACAUCUGAUCCUGGAAUACCAGGCAAUGAUAGAGAAACCAGGGCAGAAAGGUUUCUUGAGCGAGGCACUGACAUCGCCCAGGUUCGGCCAGGGUAACCUUAUGCUCUUACAGGGUACCAAGAUGAAGUGUGGGUCAAGACAGGAGAGUGCAAAGAGGAAACCCCAGGCUUUCCUCUCAGAAUUUGAAUUCAGAAAUGACAUGUCAAGGUUGUGUAAUGGCGUCAGUGAGCAAUCUGAACAGUUGGAGUGCAGCAUGGUGUCAAAUGACAUGAUGGUGGACAGUGGAUGCUGGAGCGAGAUGCAGAGAAAAGCAUCCCCUCAGAGUGAGGAGUCAUCCAAGAAGCAGACAGAGAUAAUGUCAACAAAUGGAGAGAGCAGCGAUUGCGGUUCAGCAUACGAGGUCAAUUUGGAUCAGUCAAGACUUGAGGCAGAAACUUUGGAGGUAGUGGCCAAGCCAUUGUCAAAACCAAGGUAUCCAAGGGACACUCAUUUUCCUGCAGCCAGAGCUCCUGCUCCUCUGUGCUUCAAGAUCAAUGCCAAACCACCAUCAGGGUUCCUUUACUACUUUGCAUAUGGAGCCGACAUGAAUAAGAGCAGAAUGUCAUCUUACAUUGGCAGAGAGGCAGACCACAGACUCUGGGGUAUCUUGUUUGGCUUCCAGUUGACAUUCAACAAACGAGGUGCUGACUUGGAAGCAGGAGGAUUCCCCAAUAUUGCUUUCAGCCCAGACAGCUCAGUGGAAGGGUGUGUCUAUCUCAUAACACCCUCAGAGCUGCAGAAGUUGGAUGGCCACAUUGGAUGCCCAAAGUUCUACACGAAAGCCGUGUUUCCAGUAUGGAUGAUGAACUGCGCUGAACCAGAUGAACUGGGUGUGGCUCAGUACUGUAUCCCUGCACUGAUGUAUGUGGCUCAAGAUAAGUGGACCUUGAACCAAGAGGAAAAAGAACAAGUUGAAAGUGACUACAGCGUCGGCCAGUGCUUAAAAGGAUCAGAACUCCUGACACCAUCCUAUGUCCAGCAUAUUGCCAGUUUACGUGUACACUGAUAACGUGAAUUCAGUGUGCUCAUGAAUGACCAAAGCAACCUCCAAAGUGAAUGGAUUUUGUGGUAUUGAGUUUCUGAAACUAAUAUCUGAAAACUUUUUUCGUGUAGUCUUUUCUUGGCAUGAGAACGGUGUAAACAAUGCAAGGUGUACCCCUGUGCUCUCGUUGAAACACACUCAAAACAUGGAGUGCCAACACGAUACACCAUUUGCAUUGUUUAAGCCAUUCCAGUUCAUUCCUUGUUUGGACUAAAAAUGUCAAGUAGUCAAUUAAUGUAAUUCAAGCCAAGCUCGUAAAUGCCAGUGGCCAUGCAACCUGAUGACGACACAAUGCGAUAGACAAAAAUCAGUGUCGUGUUUUGGUUGUACUCUGUGGAACAGAAAACUAAUAAGAAACUGACCGUCUGUUGCGCUGAAUGGCCACUGCAUUUUUAAACACAUAUUUUAUCCAUCUAUCUCAAUCAGUACCAAGGGCAAGAUAAGUUGGCAGAGAACAGCAACUAUCUGAAGGUUGCUGAGUCUUUGCUCUGAUGUUUCUUGGUUCAGUAUUUACAGUCAUGUGUAAAGCUGUUCCAUUAUUGUUAUCUCGCAUGCACGAAGGUGAUAAUGAAUUUAUGUUCAAGCAAACUUGACGCACAGUAAAGAUGUUAUAUAGGGGCCUAUGCACACAAAUGCACUGCCUGUGAUUUUACAGUAAAAUUUUGCAGCUGUGCAUUUUGCUUUUGGCGUAAAAAUAGCAUAGUGAGUAAAGUCAGAACAGAUCAGUACGCUGGGUUUGACAUGGACCAUGCAACAGUUACACAUGUACAUGUAUGUCACACUGUUUGUUGCCAUGGAUCAAUAAAUCAGAACUGAGAAUUCAAGUUUGCUUGAAAAUAAGUAGCCAUCAAUAUAUUUAUCUUGGAAGUAAAAUCUUUUCCGCCCUGUCGGAUAGCGAACUUGUCCACUUACGAAGGGUUUCUUAAUGUAUUCUUUUGUAUAAAAACUUGUGCUUGCUUGUGCAUGUUAUUUAGCUUGGAUGCUUGGAAACUGAUCAUGUCACAUUUUUGUCACUGAAAUAUUCUGAAAUAUUUGACAGUUUCAAAUUUAGAUUUUUAGUGAGUAGAGCUUUCUUUGACUUCCAAAUGUCUUAAGAUUUGUAGAAAGCAGGUGAUCUCUGCAAUUCUGUGAUUCUUCAAUCAAGUUAUAAUCAUGUACAUUAUUCGUAGAUGCCGCAUCAGUAUCAAUGAUGAAAACAAGUAAGCCAUACAAGGUCUUGUGAAACAGGAAUUAUUGGCAAAUAGCUUUGCGACAUUAAUGUGACAUGGACAGGAUUGAUGUUCAAGCAAAAUGAAUGAAUAAUUGAGUUUUCAUUUUUGCAGUUUGGUUUGAGGCAAUACACAGUGCACAGGAGGAUUGCAUGCAUACAGAGCCGCACUGUUCAGCAUUUUACAAUCGCACAUGCAGCAUUAUGAAUGUGAAGCAAUAAAGACAUGUCCUGACUCGCGUUCAGUUUAAAAUUUGCAGUGAUAUUAAAUGACAACACUUUUGAUAUUUCACAUAUUUCAAUUUGGCUUUCAGAUUUUUGGUUGCAUGAUUUAAUUGUGAUUUGGAAUUUUGUUUUAAUAUCGUUUGCAUCCACAGACAAUCUUUAGUACAAUGCUAAAUCCCAAAAUGAUCAGUUUAAAACUAGAUGAUUUCAUUAGAUCCUACAUCCAUUCCUGGAUUUUUUUAGUUUUGCAAAAUUGCAAUUUGAGUGUUUGUUUAUACCAAUCUGCUUGUAUGAAGCAAUUUGAUUGUCAGCAAUUUUCAAAUUUCUUUUGUUAACUUUACUGAGAUGCACAGUAUUUUUAUUUUAUGCUAUAUUGGACAAAGCUUGUGUAACCAUCAAGAAUUUCUGAAUGUGCUUACUCUAUAGCGAUUUUAUAAUCAUGUACAUGUACAUAUUGUAUUUUUGCAAGCGCAAAUGUUUUCAUAAGAAAGCUCUAUUUAUACUGUUGAAUUUCCCACUGGUCAUUGAUGUGUGCAAGUAAUCUAAAUGCUGUUUUAUUUGAAAUAAAGCAUUCUGUGAAAAUGAUAAA